GCUUCGCAGCUACUGGCUGUCAAACCGAAGUAAAAUUUCACGGGCGGUGGUGUGUUCGUUUUCUGUGCAAACGUGGAUCGGACGAAGCAGAAGCAGAUAGGUGGACGUCGAGUUCAAACAGAAGAAACUAUUUUCCCGUUUUCAAUUAUACUUUAAUUGCGGAAAGCAAGAAAGAAGUUUUUUAAAUAGCGUAUAAGCUAUAAAUUAUCAGUGCAUAAACACCCGCUAUAAAAACUAAGUGAAAAUCUUGGAAAAUGAGUGGACCAGCAGCGUCAGCUCCAGCCACGGCGACAAAUAAGGAUGGUGAUUCCGCGUCGUCGGCACCAAAACGACGUGGUAUUGUGAAGCAGGUUCUUUCUGGCGAUACUGUAGUUAUUCGUGCGUUAAAGGGUGCACCUCCACCGGAAAAACAAAUAACUUUCUCGUAUGUUCUGGCUCCCAAGUUAGCUCGCCGUCCCGGUGCUGGUGGCGAUGAAACUAAGGAUGAACCCUGGGCUUGGGACUCUCGUGAAUUUCUACGUAAGAAACUCAUUGGUGAAGAAGUUUUAUUUUCAUUUGAGAAACCUGCCAACUCUAAUCGCGAAUAUGGCAUUGUUUGGGUCGGCAAGGAUGCCGAAACAGGUGAGAAUGUGGUUGAAACAAUGGUACGUGAAGGUUACGUAACUGUUCGUCGUGAGGGCAGACCAUCCAGCGAAUUACAACGUCUAAUUGAAUUGGAGGACCAAGCCAAGAGUGCAAAUCGUGGCAAAUGGUCACAUGUGCCCCCUGUUGAGAAAGUACGCCACAUUAAGUGGACACAAGAGAAUCCCGCACAUGUUGUUGAGUAUUAUGGCGGAAAGCCUGUAAAAGCAAUUAUCGAACAUGUUCGUGAUGGUUCCACGGUUCGUGCCUUCCUCCUGCCAGACUUUCAAUAUGUAACGUUGAUGAUUGCCGGUAUACGCUGCCCAGGUGUGAAACUUGAUGCCGAUGGCAAGCCAGAUUUGAGUGUGAAAAUUCCCUUUGCCGAUGAAGCACGUUUCUACGUAGAAUCACGUCUUUUACAACGUGAAGUAGAAAUACGCCUGGAGUCUGUAAACAAUUCCAACUUCAUUGGUACAAUACUUUUCCCAAAAGGAAAUAUUGCCGAAUCAUUGCUGCGUGAGGGCUUGGCUAAAUGUGUCGACUGGUCUAUGGCCGUAAUGAAGGGUGGUGCAGAAAAAUUGCGUGCCGCUGAGCGCACUGCCAAGGAGAAACGCCUGCGAUUAUGGCACGAUUAUCAAUCAAAGGCACCCACUGUUAAUGCCAAGGAGAAAGAUUUCACUGGCACCGUUGCAGAAGUCUUCAAUGGUGAUGCGAUUAGUGUACGUCUGUCCAAUGGUCAAGUGAAGAAGGUAUUCUUUUCAUCGAUUCGUCCACCACGUGACACCCGCUCGGUAGUUGGCGCUGAUGGUGAAGUUGGUUUACCACCACGCGGUAAAAAUUACCGCCCCCUGUAUGAGAUUCCAUUUAUGUUUGAAGCACGUGAAUUUUUGAGAAAGAAAUUAAUCAACAAAAAAGUACAAUGUAAUUUGGAUUACAUUUCGCCAGCACGUGACAAUUUCCCGGAGAAAUACUGUUACACUGUUCUCAUUGGUGGACAGAAUGUUGCUGAAGCUAUGGUCGCAAAAGGCCUGGCCAACUGCGUACGCCAUCGUCAAGAUGAUGAUCAACGCUCCUCAGUUUAUGAUCAACUUUUGGCUGCUGAAAGUCAAGCAAUUAAGGGUCAGAAGGGCAUGUUUGGCAAAAAGGAUAAUGUGCCAUUGCGUAUUAAUGAUUUGACCGUCGAUCAUUCCCGCAUCAAGGUGCAGUACCUUCCUUCUUGGCAACGUGCCUUACGUACCGAAGCGAUUGUUGAGUUUGUCGCUAGUGGUUCCCGUCUGCGUUUGUAUAUACCGAAGGAUAGUUGUCUUGUGACAUUCCUAUUGGCUGGCAUCUCAUGUCCGCGUUCUUCACGUCCCGCUUUGAGCUCCCCACAUGUUCCAGCACAAGAGGGCGAACCUUAUGGCGAAGAGGCAUUAGCAUUUACCCGCGAUCGUGUGCUUCAACGAGAUGUAUCGGUGCAUAUUGACACCACCGAUAAGGCUGGUUCUUCUGUUAUUGGUUGGCUAUGGACAGACAAUAAUGUGAAUUUGUCAGUUGCAUUGGUUGAGGAAGGUCUCGCUGAGGUACAUUUCAGUGCCGAGAAGACUGAAUAUUAUCGUCAACUAAAGAAUGCCGAAGAUCGUGCUAAGGCUGCCAAGAAGAAUAUUUGGGCUAAUUAUGUGGAGCAAGUAGUUGAGGAAAAACCCGUCGUUGUUGAGGAAGAAAAAGACGAAAAAGCACCUGUGGAACGUAAAGUUAACUACGAGGAUGUUAUUGUAACUGAGAUUACUGCCGACCUAACUUUCUUUGCGCAAGCAGUCGAGAACGGCGGCAAAUUGGAAGCAAUGAUGGCGAAAUUACACGCAGAUUUCCAAGCGAAUCCACCAAUUGUGGGUGCCUACACGCCAAAGCGCGGUGAUAUAUGCGCAGCACAGUUUUCCGCCGACAAUCAAUGGUACCGCGCCAAGGUGGAGCGUGUGCAAGGCAACAACGCUACCGUGCUAUAUAUCGACUACGGCAACAAGGAGACCGUGCCUACAAGCCGCUUAGCAUCCCUGCCAACUGGUUUCACCAGCGACAGACCGUAUGCCACCGAGUAUGCACUUGCUUUGAUUCAACUUCCCUCCGAUGACGAGGAUAAGGAAGAAGCCCUACGUAUAUUUGCCGAGGAUGUGCUCAAUCGCAAUGUUAAAUUGAAUGUUGAAUUGAAACCUGCAACUGGGCCCGCAUUAGCAACGGUGCAUGACCCUGCCACCAAUGUUGACAUUGGUAAACAAUUGGUAGCUGAUGGUUAUGUGUUAGCUGAGAAACGCCGCGAACGCAAAUUAAAGGACUUGGUGGAGCAGUAUAGAGCCGCUCAACAAGCUGCUCUGGCUGCACAUUUGGUCAUUUGGAAAUAUGGCGACAUCACACGCGAUGAUGCGCCUGAAUUUAGCCGCUAAAACGGAAGUGCGCGAUAGCGUUUUUAAUGUUUGUCUGCCACAUACCCGCCCUACAAAAAUAACAACAACAUUCAUAGCUACAUACAUACAUACGUGAAAAUAAUGCAAAUAUGAAACUGAGGUAUAGUAAGAAAAAAGGAAAAGAAAAAAAUUUCAUCAAAAUGACGAGGAUUGAUUUAUAGAACGGACAUACUCUCAAAAAGAGCAGUAAAAAAGAAAAUAAUAAUGAACCGAAAGCAGAGAUUCUUCUACGUAGUAUAUUAAAUGCCAAGUAAUUGCGGUACAACAAUAACUUCAAAGAACAUUUAUCAACAUGAAAAUGGAUGCAUAUGAUUCGAGCGAAAUAAAAUGUCCACAUAAUUAAUCUUCGCAUAUAAAUACAUACUUCCAUGGCCACCAAAUUGUAAAACAAAUAAAUAAAAUCCAAAAUUUUUUAUGACAUCAAUUGUUCUAUUAUAUGCCUAAAAAUUAAAUAAUCCUAAAGCUUCCCUAAUUGGAAUUGAAUCAUAUAUAAAAGAAAAAAAAAAAGAGAAAAACUUUUGAAAUGCAAACUCAUUGCUACGCACUUACGUAUUAUUGCUUCUGUAUGCUGUUAAACAAAAAACUAAAAUAGCGAGCAUUUCCAACUUCAACUACAAACAAACAAACAAAAAUUAAAUUUUUAUUGAUAUAUUUUUUUCUUUACUAUAAUUUUUUUUUAUUAAAAAAUGAGAACAUGCUUUUUAUGAAU